AUGGACCAGUUGGACCAACCGGCCAGUUGGUCCUCUGGACCGGUCGGACUAACCGGCCAGUUGGUCCUGUGGACUGGUUGGACAAACCGGCCUGUUGGCCCUGUGGACCGGCCAUUUGGCCCUGUGGACCGGUUGGACCAACCGGCGUGUUGGUUCCUAUGGACCGAUUGGACCAACCGGCCAGUUGGUCCCGUGGAGCGGUUGGACCAACCGGCCUGUUGGUCCUGUGGACCGGUUGGACCAACCGGCCUGUUGGUCCUGUGGACCGGUUGGACCAACCGGCCUGUUGGUCCUGUGGACCGGUUGGACCAACCGGCCUGUUGGUCCUGUGGACCGGUUGGACCAACCGGCCUGUUGGUCCUGUGGACCGGUUGGACCAACCGGCCAGUUGGUCCUGUGGACCGGUUCGACCAACCGGCCAGUUGGUCCUGUGGUCCUGUGGACCGGUUGGACCAACCGGCCAGUUGGUCCUCUGGACCGGUUGGACCGACCGGCCUGUUGGUCCUGUGUACCGCUCGGACCAAACGGCCUGUUGGUCCUGUGGACCGGUCGGACCAAACGGCUAGUUGGUCCUGUGGGCCGGUUGGCCCAACCGGCCAGUUGGUCAUGUGGACCGAUUGGACCAACCGGCCAGUUGGUCAUGUGGACCGGUUGGACCAACCGGCCAGUUGGUCCUGUGGACCGGUUGGACCAACCGGCCAGUUGGUCCUCUGGACCGGUUGGACCGACCGGCCUGUUGGUCCUGUGGACCGGUUGGACCAACCGACAAGUUGGCCCUUUGGACCGGUUGGACCAACCGGCCUGUUGGUGCUGUGUACCGGUCAGACCAAACGGCCUGUUGGUCCUGUGGACCGGUUGGACCAACCGGCUAGUUGGUCCUGUGGACCGGUUGGACCAGCCGGCCAGUUGGUCCUCUGGACCGUUGGUCCUCUGGACCGGUUGGACCAACCGGCCAGUUGGUCCUGUGGACUGGUUGGACCAACCGGCCAGUUGGUCCUGUGGACCGGUUGGACCAACCGGCCAGUUGGUCCUCUGUACCGGUUGGACCGACCGGCCUGUUGGUCCUGUGGACCGGUUGGACCAACCGACAAGUUGGUCCUCUGGACCGGUUGGACCGACCGGCCUGUUGGUCUUGUGUACCGGUCAGACCAAACGGCCUGUUGGUCCUCUGGACCGGUUGGACCGACCGGCCUGUUGGUCCUGUGGACCGGUUGGACCAACCGGCCUGUUGGUCCUAUGGACCGGUUGGACCAACCGGCCAGUUGGUCCUGUGGACCGGUUGGACCAGCCGGCCAGUUGGUCCUGUGGACCGGUUGGACCAGCCGGCCAGUUGGUCCUAUGGACCGGUUGGACCAGCCGGCCAGUUGGUCCUGUGGACCGGUUGGACCAACCGGCCAGUUGGUCCUGUGGACCGGUUGGACCAACCGGCCAAUUGGUCCUGUGGACCGGUUGGACCAACCGGCCAGUUGGUCCUGUGGACCGGUUGGACCAACCGGCCAGUUGGUCCUGUGGACCGGUUGGACCAACCGGCCAGUUGGUCCUGUGGACCGGUUGGACCAGCCGGCCAGUUGGUCCUGUGGACCGGUUGGACCAGCCGGCUAG